GUUAUUUCUUAUGGAACUGAAACAUUCGUUUGAGAAGUUGUAAAAUCAUACUAACCAUACAAAUAUGAAGGUGAAACUUGUUUCAAUGCAUGAGCUUUACAAAGGGCUUUAGAUUGGGUGUUAGCACUUACAUGGGUCUUGGAUCAUGUUCUCGGAUAUAUGCCAACCGUGUUUAUCUAGUUUCAGUGACCAGUUAUCGCAUUACAACGACCAUCCCAUUUCACCCUCGUUGUGGCCAAUCAUGUUCCUUAUUUCAUUCUACCAUAUCCAAUGGUCCACCACCGCCGGGUACCCUUCAUGCCCUCUCCGUCAAGAAUGGCUCUCUUCAAACUAUGAACUUGGCUAGCCAUCUUUUGACUCUGUAUGUCAAAUCCUACAACAUGGGUCAUGCCCAGAAGCUGUUUGAUGAAAUUCCACUCAAAAACACUCACAUAUGGACCAUCCUUAUAUCAGGUUUUGUCAGAGCCGGCUCUUCAGAAAUGGUUUUUAACCUUUUCAGAGAAAUGCAGGCAAAGGGUGCUUGUCCAAACCAAUACACCUUGUCCAGUGUCUUCAAGUGUUGUUCGUUUGACAACAAUCUUCAAUUCGGCAAGGGAGUUCACGCAUGGAUGCUCAGGCAUGGGGUUGAUGUAGAUGUCGUGCUGGGGAACUCUGCUCUUGAUGUUUACUUGAAAUGCAAUGCUUUUCAAUAUGCGGAAAGGUUGUUUGAGUUGAUGGAUGAAAGGGAUGUCGUGUCAUGGAAUAUAAUGAUCGGUGCGUAUCUGCGUGUUGGAGAUGUGGAGAAGUCUCUUGACAUGUUCAGGAACUUUCCUUGUAAGGAUGUUGUGAGUUGGAAUACGAUCGUGGAUGGGUUGAUGCAAUGUGGUUAUGAACGACGGGCAUUGGAACAACUCCAUUGUAUGGUGGGAUAUGGGACCGAGUUUUCUGAUGUCACUUUCUCCAUAGCUCUUAUUUUGGCUUCCUCUUUAUCACUUGUGGAGCUUGGGAGACAACUCCAUGGGAUGGUCCUUAAACGUGGAUUUCAUACUGAUGGUUUUACGAAGAGUUCACUUAUAGAAAUGUAUUGUAAGUGUGGGAGAAUAGAUAAGGCAUCUAUAAUUCUCAGAGAUGUUCCUCUGGACUUCCGGAGAAAAGGGAAUGUUGGAGUUACUAGCAAAGAAACAAAGGCAGGAAUAGUUUCAUGGGGUUCAAUGGUUUCUGGUUAUGUUUGGAAUGGGAAGUAUGAAGAUGGUUUGAAAGCUUUCAGGUCAAUGGUUCGUGAACUGGUUGUAGUGGAUAUUCGAACAGUUACAACUGUUAUUUCUGCUUGUGCUAAUGUUGGGAUUUUGGAUUUUGGAAGGCAUAUACAUGCUUACUUUCAGAAAAUAGGGCAUAGAGUAGAUGCUUAUGUUGGCUCUUCAUUAAUUGAUAUGUAUUCUAAGUGUGGUAGCUUGGACGAUGCAUGGAUGAUUUUCAGACAAAUCAAUGAACCAAACAUUAUCUUGUGGACUUCAAUGAUAUCUGGCUGUUCGCUACAGGGUCAAGGAAGGCAGGCAAUUAGUCUUUUUGAAGAACUGUUGAAUCAGGGUAUUAGGCCAAAUGAGGUUACUUUUGUAGGGGUUUUAAAUGCAUGCAGCCAUGCUGGGCUGCUUGACGAAGGUUGUAGAUAUUAUAGGAUGAUGAAAGAUGCUUAUUGCAUCCAUCCUGGAGUUGAACACUGCACUUCUAUGGUUGAUCUUUAUGGUCGAGCAGGUUGCUUAACAGAGACAAAGAACUUCAUUUUUGAAAAUGGUCUCUCUCACUUGACUUCUGUCUGGAAAUCAUUUCUAUCAUCUUGCCGACUUCAUAAAAAUGUUAAAAUGGGAAAGUGGGUUUCUGAUAUGCUGCUUCGAGUUGCACCAUCUGAUCCAGGAGCGUACGUUUUGCUAUCAAAUAUGUGUGCUUCUAACCAUAGCUGGGACGAGGCUGCUAGGGUAAGGAGUUUAAUGCAUCAAAGAGGAGUCAAGAAGCAGCCUGGUCAAUCUUGGAUUCAACUAAAGGAUCAAAUCCACACUUUUGUCAUGGGAGAUAGGUCUCACCAUCAACACAAGGAGAUAUACUCAUAUCUGGACCCUUUGAUCGGAAGGUUGAAGGAAAUUGGGUAUUCCCCUGAUGCCAAACUGGUCAUGCAGGAUGUAGAAGAAGAGCAAGGAGAAGUACUUGUUAGUCAUCACAGUGAAAAACUUGCAGUAGUCUUUGGCAUCAUUAACACUGCCAAUAGGCUCCCGAUUCGAAUUAUAAAAAACCUCCGCAUUUGUACAGAUUGCCAUAACUUCAUUAAAUGUGUUUCUCAGCUUCUAGAUCGUGAAAUAAUUGUAAGAGAUAUUCAUAGGUUCCAUCAUUUUAAGCAUGGUAGUUGCUCUUGUGAAGAUUAUUGGUGACAUAGGUAAAACACAAUUACUAUUAUUAAGUAUACGAUAUAGUCUUCA